AUCUAUUCCCAGCACACAAGUAUUGUCUGGUCUGUGUCACAUAAUGUCACUCUGGACUUAUUGUGUUGGGCUGAUCCUUUUGCAGAUCUACUCGGUGCAAACAGAACUGCACCAUGUCGUCAUCUUUCCCUCAGAGCUGCGCUCUCAGCACUAUGAAAGUAUCUGUAUACAACUGGAGGGUGCUGGAAAUGCGAGCAACAUAAAGAUCUUUCUAAGUCAGGAAGCAAAGAGCACCACCCUCAUAAACAAGAGGCUCAAGCAAGACUCCAUAUCCACCUGUAUUCCUGUUCUGAUUCCGGAUCCCUCUCACGGGAACGAAGAGAUUGCUAAACUACAAGUUUCCAUCUUUAUUAUAACGGAGAUGCAUAUAAACAUGUCAAUGUGGAACAUGGUAGUAAGCAGCAGUACUAACGUUAUUGUGAAAAAAGAGAGUUUUAAAACCAUCGUUCAAACAGACAAGGCCGUGUACAAGCCAGGACAGACAGUGAAUUUCCGAGUUUUUUCACUUAACGAAGACCUUCUACCUGGACAAGAUUUGAUUCAAUCUGUACAUUUACAGGAUUCAGGAAAGAAUCGGAUUGGCCAGUGGUUAAAUGUGACGGUCAAUCAGGGAUUUGCUGAGUUUUCAUUUCCUCUUUCCUCUGAGCCUUUGCUAGGGAAAUACUCCAUCUGGGUGAAUGAAACAGUCCAUCACUUUUCUGUGGAAGAAUAUGUCCUCCCAAAAUAUGAAGUAACGUUCCAGUUUCCCAAAGCUGUCCUCUUCAACUGUGAAAAUAUACCAGUUACACUAUGUAGCAGGUACACCUACGGAAAGCCAGUAUUGGGAGAUUAUAGGAUUGAGAUAUGCCGUAGAAGAAUCAGACAUCGAUUUGAGUGGUAUGACAUCCAUGAACCCUUCUAUAUCUGUGCAAACUACACCGGGAAGCUGGAUCCUUCGGGAUGUACCACAGUCCAGAUAAAGUCUGAAACUUUCUAUUUAACAAGAAGUGACAUGAACCUGAACUUGGAGGGAUCCGCCUACAUCACAGAACAGGGUACAGGAAUUGAGUUAUCAGCCAGCAGUCAGACACGAAUCUCAAAUGUCAUAAACAAAGUGAAGUUUGCUGAAUAUGAACGCACCUACAAACCUGGAAUGCCAUACUGUGGAUUGCUUGCUGUAACAGAUUUCUUUGGUGAUCCUCUUGCUGGCCAUACACUGCACCUCAGUGUUUCAAACAAAAACUUUGCAAACAAGCAGACUCUUGUGACCAAUGAGAAGGGGCGGGUGUCCUUCGUAAUCGAGAACACGAGCAGCUGGACAGGACAAGCAAAACUGGUGGCUAGAACAACUCUAGCAAACCAACAAAAUGUGCCCAAAUUUAUUACACCAGAUUACGGUUAUGCUGAACUCUACCUUAAUUCCGUCUACUCUCGUAGCAAGAGUUUGCUGAAAAUCCACUCCCUAGAUGUGGUUCUUCCAUGUGAGGGGCAGCAUGAGGUCAAGGUGGACUAUAUCAUUAAGCGUACAGAGCUGGAGCAUAAAGUCGAGCACAUGGAUUUGCUCUAUAUGGUUACUUCUAAAGGAUCAAUUCAAAAGUCUGGAUUAUUGCCAAUACCAAUUUCUGAGGGAAGUGAAGAUUUACGUGGUGAAACUACUGUCAAGCUUUCUCUUACACCCGGGACAUCACCAUUGCUACAUGUAUUUGUUCACAUCCUACUACCAAAUGGAAAACUUGUUGGGGAUUCAUCAGUAUUCAAAAUACAGAGGUGUUUCAAAAAUAAAGUAUCUGUUGGGUUCUCCCCGGGUGAGGUCCUCCCGGGAUCGGAUGUGUCUCUUCAGGUUCAGGCUGCUCCUGGCUCUCUCUGUGGUCUUAGGGCGGUGGACAAGAGUGUGGUGCUAAUGGAUCCCAAAGCUGAGCUGACUAAUGAAAAAAUUUACAAUCUGUUUCCUCAUUCUGAUGACUAUGACUGGCGAAUCCAGGGGGAUGGAAACUGUUAUUUCAUAAAGGAAUCGGCUGUGAGGACCAAACGUUCUCUUGAUGUAUACAGCCUAUUAAAGGAAAUGAAGUUAAAAAUAUUUACAAGUGCAGAAAUUAAGACGCCUGAGGAGUGUAUUUUGCUUAUUAUGACUGCUGUCGAUUUUGAUCUAGAAUCGGUAAGGCCGGUUCUCAGACAAGGUGAGCAUCCCAGUAGCCCAGUAGAAAAUAAGGAGCCACGGAUCUACUUUCCAGAGACAUGGAUAUGGCAGUUGGUAGCUGCUGGGGAUGCUGGCACAGCUGAAUUCCACCACAAGGCUCCAGACACCAUCACAGACUGGAAUGCCGGGGCCGUCUGUUUAGGUCCCGGGGGAUUUGGCCUGUCUCCUCCUGCCUCUCUUCGGGUCUACAAGCCGUUCUUUGUGGAUCUCACCCUCCCGUACUCGGUAGUGAGAGGAGAAAAGUUCACCCUUAAAGCCACAGUAUUUAACUACCUGAAGCAAAGUAUAAUGGUACAAACCACCCUGUUACCUUCCAUAGAAUUGGACGUGGAACAAUGUGAUGAAUGUCAGUACAGCAGCUGUCUAAGUGCCGAUGAAAGCAAAACGUUCUACUGGAUACUGAAAGCAUCUAAGCUGGGAAACGUACCGAUCACAGUGAGGACAGAAGCUGUUAAGUCAUCGGAACUGUGUCAGAAUGAAAUACCUUUUGUCCCCACACAAGGCAGCUCUGAUACAAUUAUUAAGCCACUUCUUGUACAGCCUGGGGGAGUCCUACAAGAAAAGUCUUACAGUUCACUGUUUUGUAGCCAAGGUGGAAACCCAAAGACAGAGAACAUCUUUCUGCAAAUUCCAGUGAAUACUCUUAAAGAUUCUGAAAGAGCCGAUGUAACCGUUCGGGGAGAUCUGAUGGGCUCAGCCCUGGAAAACCUGGACCGGCUCCUGGCCAUGCCAAAUGGGUGUGGAGAGCAGAAUAUGAUGCGCUUUGCCCCCAACAUCUUUAUUCUGCAUUAUCUGGAGAAGACUCAUCAGCUGACCGAUGAGAUCGAGAGCAAAGCCAUCAGAUUUCUCAAUAGUGGAUAUCAGAGAGAGCUGACAUUCAAACGUAAUGACGGGUCAUACAGUGCAUUUGGAAGUAACGAUCCAUUGGGCAACACAUGGCUGACGGCUUUCGUAGUGAAAUCUUUCAGCAAUGCUCGCCGAUACAUCUUCAUAGAUGAAGGACACUUGAAUGAAUCGUUCAGCUGGCUACGAGAGCACCGUAAGGAAAGUGGGUGCUUCAGAAAUGUGGGGAAACUCUUUCAUACUGGCUUAAAGGGAGGAGUGGAAGAUGACAUCUCUCUAUCAGCCUAUGUAGCAAUCUCAUUGAUGGAGUCUGGUGUAUCUGUAGAGGACCCACUGAUCAGGGACGCGGUGUCCUGUCUGCAGAAGGAAGCUGUGAAUGUGACCAGUAUGUACACCUUGGCUCUUCUUGCCUACACCUUUACUUUGUGCGGAGAAAUGGAGUCCAGGAAAAUAGUAUUCGACAAACUGUAUGAAAAGGCUGUGAGAGGAGAAGGACAGCUACACUGGGAACACAAGUCUACUCCUUCCUCUGAUGCCCCAUACUGGCACAGAGCUGCAUCUUUAGAGGUGGAGAUUGGUGCCUAUGUCUUACUGGCUCUGCUGUCUCAACCUAAUCCUGAUCUGGACAAAGCUAAUGAGAUUGUCAACUGGCUAUGUAAACACCAGAACCCCUAUGGAGGCUUCUCAUCUACACAGGACACAGUUGUGGCUCUCCAGGCUUUGGCCAAGUAUGCAGAUGCUACAUACAUUUUCGAGGGAGAUACAACAUUGACCGUUACUUCCAAGACAGGAUUCCUGGAGAAGUUCCAUGUAAACAACGAAAACCGACUUCUCGUCCAGAGGAGGAAACUACCAACCAUCCCCGGAGACUACACAGUGACUGCUACAGGAAGUUGUUGUGUCUUUGUACAGACGGUUCUUAGAUUCAACAUCCCAGUGGUAAGAAAUGAGGCCACCUUUGCAGUCAGUGUUGAAGUAACACCCAAAGAAUGCGUGCAAGAUCCAGUGAAAAAACUUGGACUUCUCAUAACUGCUCAAUACACAGGUGCUCGAAAGACCUCCAACAUGGCUAUUAUAGAGGUGAAGAUGUUGUCUGGCUACAUUCCUGUGAAGAGCUCACUAAGAGAGAUGGAAAAAAAACAUGGAAUCCAAAGAAGUGAGGUCAACAAUGACUUGGUGACAUUGUAUCUGAACGAGAUAGGACAUGAUUCUGUACUUAUCAACAUCCAGAUAGAACAGGACAUCGAGGUUAAAGGCCUGAAGCCUGGUACUGUGAGAGUGUAUGAUUAUUAUGAGACAGAUGAGGAAGCCUUUGCAGAAUACAACUCUCCCUGCAGCUCUGAUAUUAAAGGAAAUGCAAGGUAAAGCAGGAAUACCAAAUUUAACUGAAAUGCUCCAGAAGGCGACAAGCCUGAAGUAAUGCAGUAUACAUUUUGUUGAGGUCGUGUUCUGAAAAAAUAAACUUAUGAUACCAAGUGUCACAUUA